UGGAAGGACGUGCGUUUCAUGGGCUCCCAAGGAGCGGUGGUUGCGGCUAACAGCGGCCGCGGUGACAGGAUCGACGGAAUGGAUACCGAGGGAUACGAAGUGGUUUUGCCUACUCUGCCAUCAGGUAGUAGUGUUUUGAAUACUUUAUUUUUGCACGCGGAUGUCCGGUCGAGGCCUUACCGAGUCGAACAUUUCCGGGACACGUUGGCGCGUCUUGGUUUGCUCCCCGAAGUGGUAGCGUUGGGGGCAUAUCAGAUGAGCCACGUAUGGGCUGUGACUUUCAAGAGCACGGAAGGGAUAAAGAAAGCUUUGGCAUGCGGCGAAAUGAAGGUGAAGGGCCAACGUUGUUUGGUUAUUGAUCCGGCUAACCAGGACGUGCGUCUGAAGCUUCACUGGCUUCUUUUCAAUGUGGCUGACGAUGAUGUGCGUGUAGCGCUUGCUCCGUUCGGAAAGGUGACCGAGGUCUCGAAGGAAAAGUGGAGAGUUCAAGGUAUCCAAGACAAGGGGUCGACGACACGCCUCGUGCGCCUCAAGCUCCAUAACGGCAUUAAGGUUGAUGACCUUCCACACCAGCUUCGCGUAGCCGGUGACAUGGCCCUUCUAGUCGCUCCCGGUAGAGCGCCACUGUGCCUGCGGUGUCACAGUAAGGGCCAUAUCAGACGAGAAUGCCGAGUUCCUCGCUGCACGCACUGCCGUCGUUUUGGACACGAAGAAUCUCAGUGCGUGAAGACGUACGCAAGUGUUGCAGGGCCGGUUGGUGGAGAAGACACUGCGGAACUCGUCAUGGACGAGGCUGACGCUGAAGAAGCCGCAAGCGAAGCAACGUCGAAGCUCGAGGAACUUGAUGCGGCAACGUUAACCCCGCCCGACAUGCCCCAAGACGCGAGUGUUAACAAGGAAAGCCCAAAGCUGACCGACGCAGCUGGCGACGCCACCGGCGUCGUGAAAGUGCAGGAUGCCUCAACGCCGUCGAAGUCACCUGAGGAGCCAGCAGUCAUGGAAGUAAGCGAGGGAACAAGCGGAGCCUCAGUCUCCAAGCGCGGCCACGACGCUACGCUGGACGAGCAUGAGGCCCUGGCUGCAAGGAUCUCGGAAGGACCACCGCCAAAGGCGGCGAGCAUUCGGCGGUCAACGCUGAGGGCGCGUCCGAACAUACCUCCGGACCGGAGGGCGGCGGAGACGCCGCCGACGUAGCCGCGAGAGCGUGUGCUUCGCGGCGUCUCUUCUAGUCUACGCAGUGACCAAGCCAAACUCAAGGGACGAUGGAAUGCCGUGACAGGGACAUCAACUGUGCCUUCCUAAGGCUGCCAUGGCAGCUGCGGAAGGUUUGUGCAAAAGGCGAAAGCAGCUUUGGCCACAGAUGCAUGAGCCAUGGCUAAGAGCUACCCAUUUAUGCGUGUCAUGCUGGCUCUGAUCAUUGCCGG